CGUACACAAAUACUUUUUUCUCUUCGCUUACAAUGUCUUGUUCAAAAAUAUUUUCAGGAGAUUUACCUGAGAUAACAUAUUAUAUUAUAAAAAAUUUUCAAAAUGAUUUUUCAACUUUAUAUUCAUGUAUUCUAGUUAACAGAUUAUGGUGUCGUUUAGCAAUUCCAUUAUUAUGGGAAAAUCCUUUUUCAAUUACUAAUAGACGGGUCAAUAAUAUUGGAGACCAUAAAUUUAUUGAAAUAUACUUAUAUAAUUUAAAUAGUGAUUUAAAAUCGAAAUUAAAUGAAUAUAAAAUUAAUGAUAAUUUAUUACCUUCAAACACACUUUUCAAUUAUCCUAAUUUUAUAAAAUAUUUGAAUACAUCGAAUAUUAUUCAAUCUAUUAAAAAGUGGACUGCUGUAAAAGUUAUUAAAGAUUUAGAUUCAGAAUCUGAAUUUAGAAGAUUAAUUCAAACAUCCCUAUUUAAAGUGUUUAUUGAAAAUGAAGUAAAAUUACAUACCCUUGAAAUUGAAGUCUUCUCUAGUUCAAAUUAUAAUUCCUAUAAUUAUGAUAUAUUGGAAUUAAUUUUACAAAAUACAAAUUUCAUUCAUAAUAUUAUAAAUUUAAAACCUUAUAUUUUUUCUGAAGAAGAUAAACUAAUGGAGAAAUCUUAUUAUAAUUGUUCAAAUACUUUAAAUACUAUCAUAUUAUACCACAUUAGAAGUAUAAACAAUUUAAAUAAAAUAUUUGAACAAUUAAAUGUUAUGGAAUCCAUUCAUAUCAUUUAUUGUCGAUUUUUAAACAGUAGUUUUAUUCAACAAAUUAUUAAUUUGUCUAAACCUUUUAAAUUAAAAUCUUUAUUUACAUGUGGGGAUUUAAAAAGUGAACUAUUAAUAUUAUUAUUGCAAAAAUCUGGUGAUUAUUUAGAGAAUUUUAGGGAUGACCUUAGUUGUUGUGAUCAAAAAUUAUCAGAAUUAAUUAUAAAAUAUUGUAAAAAUCUCAAAUUUCUUGAUAUUUUUACCACCACAAAUCAGAUUAUUUACCAAAUAUUCAAUUUGAUUGAGAAUAUUAAUUAUCUUACUAUUAAUUGUGGAAAAUAUAUUGGCAGCUCAAUUUUAUUACAAAAUUUAGGACAAAACCUUCCUUCUAGAUUAGAAUAUUUAAAUUUAAUUCUUCACAUUAAAGCAAGUGAUUUUGAAAUAUUCCUAAAAAAUUCCCAAGAUACUUUUAUUAAGAAAUUGUUAAUUUCAAAUUCAAUGCUAAAUGGUGAUGAUAUUUUACCUUAUAUAAAAGAAUAUAUUAUGAAGGAGAAAAGGGUCAGGUAUUUGACUUUUGAGGAUAUUGCAAAUAAUGAAUUAAUUAAUUUAGAUGAUGAAGUGGAGGAAUUUAAGUUACAUAAUAUUAUAGUCCAGAAUUAUAGUUAUCUGUGUAUCAACGAAUAUCAAUUUAUACAGGAACUUUAUUAAUUAUUAUAAUUACGAUUAAAAAUGAGAUUUAGAGGGUUAUAAAUCUACACAUAAUAUAAAAUUUACAUUUUAAAGAACUAUGACAGUUAUUACAUUAUUUUUGUUCAAUACGAAACAGUUGUU